AUGAGCUGGGCUCCAACAGAACCAAGCCCCCCGACCUCUUCAGGCCCAAGGCCGGGACUCCAGAACUUGUGGGACGUCUCGUCCAGCAACAACGGCAAAGCGGCUGCCGGCUCAAACAGUGCUUGCAGUGCCCGCUUUGUCCUGAAGAAGCCAGAGAUUCUGGUCCAUGGCAAGGCACCUGAAACCCAAAAACACUCUGACGCGUUCAGCAGAACCCUGAACAGCGUCUCCCCAACUUCCCGGGCCCCCUCUACCCUCGGGUCCCACGCCAGCGCCAAACUACCCGAGACCAUGUUUAGGAAAAAUGAGCAGCCCAGUCAGGUUGACGAGUCGCGUCGGGCCGAGGUCAAAGGUCAAGAGAACUAUGAUCAUCCUGCUGUCACAACGAUGUGCGGGUCACCGAAUCCCGCCCGACAGAAGUCACCCGCCGCUGACGGACACACUGGCAGGAAUACGACAAAUGAGGAGCUGGAAAGCAUGUUGGAAAGUGACAAUCCAGCUAUUUUCACUUCGGGGAUCAUCAUGGACUCUAACAUCACCCAGCAGGCUAUGAACGAGAUCGAAACGCGGCACACCGAGAUCAUCAAGCUAGAGAACAGCAUCCGUGAGCUGCACGACAUGUUCAUGGACAUGGCCAUGCUGGUGGAGAGCCAGGGGGAGAUGAUUGACCGUAUAGAAUACAACGUGGAGCACGCGGUUGAUUACGUGGAGCGGGCUGUGUCGGACACCAAGAAGGCCGUGAAGUACCAGAGCAAAGCGCGGAGGAAGAAAAUUAUGAUUAUUAUCUGCUGUGUGGUUCUAGGGGUUGUUAUUGCUUCCACUGUCGGGGGGGUGUUGGCCUGAAAAGCUCACCGCUCACAACACACACCAGUGUCCCACAGCAAACCCACACAUACACACACUUGCACAGA